UGACAAUCAAUUGUCGAUAAGGGACCAGAAAAUAAUAACAUAAAAUGUCGGCGAAGACCCCUUUUGCAUGUCACCUUCUUUUCGACUACUCCAACGCCUGUCUUAUUGCUUCGUCAACGAUCUCAGUCGUCAAUCCCUAAUAUAUUCUGAAUUAGUUCUUGUAAUCAGUCGCAUUCAUUAUAAUUGUUUUUCAGUCAAUCCUUCAAAAUGCCGUCCAAGAUCGAACUUGAGAAGCAGGAUAGGGCCCGCGAUGCCGCCUUCAACAAGGCCAUGCAUGGAAACACCGCCCUUAGCGCUGGAGGUUUCCGGGCCAUGAUUGGAAAGGGUGGCAAGGGCACUGAUGCGCAACGGGCUGCUACUGAAGAAUACUUCAAGCACUGGGAUAACAAGGACGCGAAGGACGAGACAGAGGAGGACCGCGCAAAGCGCACAGCGGAAUACGCUACCCUGACUAGACAUUACUACAACCUUGCUACAGACUUGUACGAGUACGGUUGGGGCCAGUCCUUCCACUUCUGCCGCUACUCCAUUGGUGAGACUUUCUACCAGGCAAUAUCCCGACAUGAACACUAUCUCGCACAUCAAAUUGGUAUCAAGGAGGGGAUGAAGGUGUUGGAUGUUGGUUGCGGUGUUGGUGGCCCUGCUCGAGAGAUCGCCAAGUUCACCGGUUGCCAUGUUACCGGCUUGAACAACAACGAUUACCAGAUUCAGCGUGCCACGCACUAUGCUGCUAAGGAGGGUCUGUCCAACCAAUUGACAUUCGUCAAAGGUGAUUUCAUGCAAAUGGAUUUCCCUGAUAACACGUUUGAUGCCGUGUAUGCGAUUGAGGCCACGGUGCACGCGCCCAAGCUCUCUGGUGUUUACAGCGAAAUCUUGCGCGUGCUGAAGCCCGGUGGUGUUUUCGGCGUGUACGAGUGGCUCAUGACCGACGAGUACGACAAUGACAACCUCGAGCACCGUGAGAUCCGCCUCGGAAUCGAGCAGGGCGAUGGUAUUUCCAACAUGGUGAAGAUCGAGGAGGGCCUAGAGGCCAUGAAGAUUGCCGGUUUUGAGCUGCUGCACCACGAAGAUCUCGCUGAUCGCCCUGACCCUAUCCCCUGGUACUGGCCUCUUGCUGGCAAAUGGAAGUACAUGCAAUCAGUAUUCGACACCUUUACUAUUGCGCGAAUGACGUGGUGGGGUCGUCUACUAGCUCACAACUUCGCCGGUGCUUUAGAAGCAACUGGUUUAGCUCCGGCUGGUACCAAGAAGACGGCCGACAGUCUGGCUCGUGCCGGCGACUGCUUAGUCGCAGGCGGAGAGAAGCAUCUCUUCACACCGAUGUACCUGAUGGUUGGCAAGAAGCCUGAACAAUGAUCGAUAUCGAAAUUGAUACGAUAUAGUGCAUCAAGGGGAGAUAAGCAAUGUGCUUAUAAGCACAGUAAUGAGUCAAGACGCAACGUCAAUGUCUUCUAAUACUAAUAAUACCAAACCACCGAAGAGCCUUCCAAGGCCGAAUCUAGGAUAAUAGACUAGCCCUGGCUCCGACUUCUCUGUAUAUACCUAAGACAUAGAAGCAUACCUGCUGGCCGCACUCGAUAGCCUUUACUAUAUAUACUUGCUAGAAUUAUCGAAAUAGAAUAAUUUGGAAAUACUGUUCGUUUUCUGAU